UUAGAUUCACUAGGACCAACAUAAUGGGUUUCACUGGGACCUUAGAGAAAUGCAAGGCCUGUGAUAAAACUGUUUAUUUCAUUGAAUUGGUGUCUGCUGAUGGAGUUCCUUAUCAUAAGAAGUGCUUCAAAUGCAGCCACUGCAAUGGACUUCUUGUGAUGAGCAGCUAUUCCUCAAUCGAUGGAGUUUUAUAUUGCAAACCUCAUUACGACCAGCUAUUCAAGGAGACUGGCAAUUUUACCAAGAAACUCCAAUCCUCGGGAGAGAAGAAAAAUGGCCUGACAAAGGCCCCAAGCAAACUCUCUUCCAUGUUCUCUGGCACCCAGGACAAAUGCGCAUCCUGUAAAAAAACUGUAUACCCACUAGAGAAGGUGACUGUGGAGGGAGAAUUCUUUCACAAGUCAUGCUUCAGGUGCUCUCAUGGAGGUUGCUUUAUCACACCAUCAUCCUACGCUGCUCUUGACGGUAUACUAUACUGCAAGGCCCACUUCUCGCAAUUGUUUAAGCAGAAGGGAAGCUAUAGUUAUCUCACCAAAACUUCCACGAUGAAGAAAAACGCAGUAAAUUUGCCAGAAGAAAAAUCUGAAGCAGAACAAAACCACUUAACAGUACCAGAAGCUAGCUCUGACUUAGCCAUUGCACAUGAGAAUGUGCAGAACUAGUUAUCAAUGCUGUAUUGCCCCUUUCACAUGCCUCUCAAGGGGACAUUGAGGUUACAGAAGUGGUUGCUCUCCUUUUUCCUUGUAAGGCAUGUGUCCAUAGAGAAGGGGAAACUGUUAAACAAAAUAAAUGGUAAAAAGAAAGUCUUUU